UGUUGAAGCAGCAGAAAGACGAAGAAAAAGCAUUGGACUAUUUCCGGUUUGGCUCUUGAAGGUUUGUUGCCAGGAGUGGUGGAGAGGACUCGGAUAUUUAAGAUGCUGCUGAUUUUGUCUGACGAACAUAAAGAGCAUCUCGGCUUCCUGCACAAAGUGGACGCAGCGGUGGUUGGAGAGUUUGGACGCAUCGCAUUGGAGUUCCUAAGGAGAGGAACCAGCCCCAAAAUCUACGAGGGAGCUGCCAGGAAGCUGGCUGUUCCAGUGGAAAUGGUGCAGCAUGGCGUGGAGGGCCUCAUGUUCCUUAUGACCGAGAGCUCCAAACACAUGCUCUCUGAGGUGGAUUUUUUGGACUCUGUGUUGGCUUUAGAGUUUGGUGAUGACCUUAACCAGACCCUCCUGCAGAUGUACCAGCAGAAUCAAAGUGAGAUCCGCAGCAUAUUAAGUUUGGUUCCCUCCAACUUGCCCGCCUACCACAACAUGGAGUGGAGGCUGGAUGUACAGUUGGCGAGUCGCUCCCUCCGCCAGCAAGUGGUGCCCCUGUUGACCACCAGGCUGCUCCUGACGCACAGACGAGGAUCUUGCAUUGAACACAGCAGCAGGGUUCUACAGAUGGACCUCACUACCCUCCUGCACCUGAUCUCAAUACUGGAGGACGCCCUCGGGGCCCUGAAGACUACCCACGCUCGCCGCAUCUUGCGGAACAUAAAAUAACCUCCGGACUUAAAAGCUGAAGGAGUGCCAUCUUGAUUGACUUUGCCCAAGAUGGACUGUCAUUGUUUGGGCAGGUCAUGCUGUAGGCUACAUUACAAAGUCCUUCAUCUGAGACCAUCCUUCUUCUCAGUGGAACCAAAGAGAGAUAGAGUGGACUCAUUCAAAGCAUUAAGACUCCAGCAUUGCAGUAUCUAUCCUCCAUCCUUGUUAACAAAGUUAACAUUUUAUAGAUUAACAGUUGUUUUACACUUGUAUGGCACUUAACAUUAAAAUGUGAAUCAGUUCAUUCCCUGUACAGUUAAUAAAGCUUUUAUGAUGGCCACA